AUGCUCCAACCUCGAAUAUACAGACCUUUAGUGUCCUCCGAGGCGUCUCUAGCCGCGCUAGCUUCGUCUUUGAGUGCCCUGAGCCUGUGCUCAAAGCAUGCGCACCUGAAUCCGCGGACCUCAACUAUCUUCGUUCGACAUGCCUCCCACGCACAGCAAGGCCGCGCAAACGGUCCCUCUGACUCCGCAGGAAGACGUCUGGGAGCCAAAAAGGGAUCCUCAGAAUGGGUGCACCCGGGAAACAUAAUCUUCAAGCAGAGAGGGACAAAAUGGUUCCCCGGCGAGAACGUCGGCAUCGGCAAAGAUCACACCAUCUACGCCCUUGAAUACGGCUAUGUCCGCUACUACCGUGACCCCCUGAAGCAUCCCAAGAGGCGAUACAUCGGCGUGGCACUGGAGAAAGAAGGUCCGCGAUCUCAACUUCCCACACCGCGCAAUGCACCUUCUCGCCGACGGUUAGGGAUGUACGCCGCGCCCAUGAAGCCCCCCCUAGAGUCUCAGAAGUCCGUUGAUGAGUCGUUCCUCGACGCCCAUCUGAGCCAGAGCAGUAAGGGCCACGCUCAGGUGAUAUUCAAGUCCUCUGGAGGAGCUGUUACACCCACGCCGGCAGCGCCACCCCCAGCGUUCAAUCGGCAAGGCACGUAUCGUGAAGCAAACACAUCGAUCGGCUGGACGGCCGAGAGGAAGGGAGUGAAGGUGCGGGAGUACGACCGCAACGACCGCUGGCUGGCAUGGAAGAAACGGGCGCUCAGAGUGAAGAGAGGGAUGGAGGCCAAAGCGGCCAGGGCGAUGAGGAAGACCAAGGGCAAGAAAUCCAAUAAAGGACAGAAGACUGCCCAGAAGAAGAAGUGA